GUGGCGGGUGGAUUGCUACUCAUGAUAGUGCAUAGCGGGAAAGGAGAUUGGUGAAAAAUUUAAAAAUAGUGAGGAUAAUUUGGACCAAAAGAGUAUUUUUAUUUUUUUUACAAUUACUUUAAUUUAUUAGCUUUUUCACUCCUACGCAUAUGGUCGUAUAUUAUACCACCAAAAUAAGUAAAUAACAAUCUAUUUUUAAUGUGCACGAGCACAGCUACAACAUAUUCUGUUAUGUUUUGUUUUUUUUUUUUUUUUUUUUCAAUAAUUCUUCAAAAUAUAAGAAAUAAAAUAGCCAAUCUCCUCCUUCAAAUGACAAUAUUUGCUGGCUGUAAAAUAUUUUAAAGCUUAUAAAUAUUUUUAUUUUUUAGCGAUUGCUUGUAGUAAAAUAUUUAGAAAAAAUAAUAAUGUGUCUAAAAGAAAAGGAAAAAAAAAAAAGAAUAAAUAAAAAAAAAGAUAGAUAUAGAUGGGUACUUCAAAGGAUUCAAAAGGCUAUCAAUAUCGUUUGAGACCUAGCUAAAGCGCACGUGACUGACGACGUCGACACCCAUUAGACAAUCCCCUUUGUGAUCGAGAGAGAGGAUUCAAGGCAAGAAAACCCUAAUUUCCGAGAAGAAACCACCGUUAGCGGCGGCAAUGGUAAGAUCAUUGUUUUUGGUUGCGUGUUUUUAUAAUGGCGAACAUUGUGGUGCAAUUUAUGAAAUCGAAAUUGGUGACGGAGGAGCUAAAUUCAUCGAUCCUCCGCGUAAAUUGUUUACUUGCUUUGAAGAAAGAUGUCAGUCAGUGGUUGAUUGUGAUAUGAUAGGAUCGGAGAUAUGCUUGAUGGCUUCGUAUAGACCAUUGGGUAUGCACAAAUUUAUCCCGUUCGAACCCCUUGUUUUCAAUACAGAUGCCAAAGAGCUCAUGGAGUUGCCAAUGCGAAAAGCAAAAAAACCUUAUCCGAGAGUGAUGGCAGUGCUUGGAAGAGGGUUUUAUGUGCUUGCUUCAGAUACCAGGUGUUCCGGCAUCCUCACAAAAUCCCCUUCGUUUGAACGUUUGGAUCAUCUUAAAGGCGAUUGGGAUUCUUCUGCUAUCCUACCUGAGUACCGUGCGGAGGAAAUUGAAAGCAUGUAUGUCUCGGGUGGAGCAGUCAUCGGUGACAACAUUCUCAUUUCAGUUGUAAGUUUAUUUUCUAGUAGCCCAACUGAAUUCCAUUGUUACAAAGUCGGGAGUUCCAUGGAGAAUUGGGAGGUCGUUGAAAAGGAAGAAAAGGGUGUGCCAUAUUACUACUUCGAUGGAAGGGCUGCAUGUGUUGAUGAUUCGGUAUACACUUUGGUGUUUUCUGUUGGUUGCAUAUAGUGUCAGAUAUUCUGGCGAUGGUAUCAUUCAAUCUCUCAGUGCUCCACGGAUAAUUACCCGACCGCCAGAGUCUCCAAUAUUUCCAGAAGACUUAUGCACCUCAUGUCUUGUUCAUUUGGGAAAUAGAGAAUUUUGUGUGGCGAGGACUGAGUUCAAUGUAUGGUCUCGUAGUAAAGUUCAAUAUGUUACCAUCAUCACCCUGAAAAUUUCCGAGAGCAUGGAACCGGUCAUCUUGAGUUCAGAUGACUGCGCCUUGAAUACGGAUGGCUUAGGUUAUGCACAAUUAACAUCCCUUUGUUUUAACUCCCAGUCUUAAGGACCAUUCUGGGUGCUAUAUGGAUCCCUGUAUCUACACGCAUUUGCAGCAAAUGAACAUUGAUCCACCAAAGCUGGAGUUGGUACCUGUGGGCAGUCAACCUGCUAGAAAAAGAGUCAGCAACUCAGCCUCAGUUUCUGGGAAAAGAAAUAAGGAAAUUGCCCUAAUCUAACUGUUCUCCAAAUUUCAAAAUAUUACUUCUGUGGUUGCAUUUAUCACUGUGACAGAAGGAGGUUUUAAUUUUGCUAUGGUGUUUCAUUAUUUAGGAUCAGUAAUUCAUAUUGGGGGAGAAAUUGGAGAUCACCUUAAUCAUUAGAAAUAAAGUGAUAAAUUAAAUGGAGGAGUACAUCUAGUAUAUUAUGUAAUAAGCAUUUCCCUUUAUGAUUGAAAGGGGAGUUAUAUCGAACGGCUAUUAGACCAGCCAUACUCUAUGGUACCGAAUGUUGGGUAGUCAGGUAACAACAUUUUGCAUAAGGUGGGUGUGGCAGAAAUGCGAAUGUUGAGACAUAUGUGCGUGCAGUAAGAAUAGAAAUGACAGAAUUAGAAAUGAUCACAUUCAGGAGAUGGUUGGAGUAGCACCAAUUGGGGGAUAAAAUGAGAGAAAAUUGGUUACGAUGGUUUGGUGAUGUGCAAAGUAAACCUUAAGUGCAUUGUUUAGUAAAGGUGACAUAGACCAAAGUUAACGGAGAUAUAGUUAGUAAAGAAUAGCUGGUGGAUUGACUGGAACUAUGGCCUUAAUUGGGAAAAGGCUUGGUUGUGGUGGUGGUGCUUGUUCUUUCUCUCUUCUGGGUAAGAUCGACGUAAAUAUGACAGCGGAAUUGGGACCUUCACCUUCCCGUUUUGGGAGGGGUAAGAAAUGCCGCUCAAGUUUAUGAAUUUAGUAAUUUUUAUUUUCACUUUUGGUGUAAUUUAUUACUUAACAAGAAACUCACACCCAUUUGCCCCUAUGGGGACUUGAACCCUCACCUUCUACUUUGGGAGGUACAGGAGGUACUACUAGGUUUCAGUCCUUAGUACUUUUGGUGCAAUGCAUAUUAAAUAUCUUUUUUUGACUCCCUUCUUUCAAUCCGUUUGGAAAUUAUUCAAGAGUUGACUUGUUUUUUAUAGUUAUUAUAUGUUGAUCAUGUGGUUAGACGAUCACUCUAUUUCUUUAAAAUAAAACUAAUGUCUCACUGGAAAUAGUUUAAUUUAUCACCAAUUCUCCUAAAAUCGCCUAAACUUAUGUUGGUUAUUCACCCUGGAGGGAUAUAUUUAUCCCUGGUGAAGCUGCAGAUUCUGCUCCCAAAUUAUCUUAAACAUCAGCUUAGCUGUAGACUUAAAAAAAAAAAAGAAAAAGAAAAAGAAAUAAUAGGGAAUGGGGACCAAAUACAUAGUAUAAUGUGUUUUUUGGUACUCACAAGUGAUACAUAUUUGGUGCAGGCUAAAUCGGUGAAGGAAUUCCUGAAGCCGCUGGGUCUUCGAGACUAUUCAUUUAUAUUCAAAGAUGAGGACGUGUGUGAAUUUUAUAGCUUUCCUUUGUUAACAGCAAUUUUAUGUACUUGCUUUGGUUCUUACCCUCAGAAAUUCCAUCACUGGUUGAUGUCUCCUGC